AACGUGGAUCAUAUGUGUCACGAAUGGAUCCUUAUUUAGGUCUCACCAUAAAGCAAAAAGGGUAUUUUUUAUUAUUUCUUUUUAUACUAAUUAAUCAAGCAAUGUCGUGGAGCGCUGACAGAGUAAAUUUAACUUACUGGCAUGGUCUGGAAAGCAGAAGCAGCAGUAUAAUGGUGCCGAAACGGGAUACUGGUUCCCAAGGAGCGAAGGCGGUACUUUCAGCAGCUACAACAGUAUCUACCAACACAUCUUCCAGUUCAGAAGAAGUUGUGAAGCCGUCACUGCGCAGAGCCACAGAAACCUGUGGGGUCAGCUGUCUGAAUGGAGGCAGCUGCAGCAACGCAAAUUCAUGCAACUGCAGCUUAUACCAAGCAACCGGAAUCCGCUGCCAGACAGUUCCGAAUUUGGGGAUGGAAAGGGAGAUGACAUGCCGGACAUGGGGACAGUACAAUUACGAGACCUUCGAUGGGCUGUACUACCACUUCCCGGGCAGGUGUACCUACACCCUGGUCCGGGAUUGUGAAGAAACCACGCAGUCCAGCAUUGUCAUCCAGGUGCACAAUGAUCCCGACUGUCCCAGAUCACCGUCCUCAUGUGCACGAUCUGUCAGCCUCUUCCUGCCAUGGGAGGGGGAGAUCAGAUUGCAAAAGCACGAAGUGACUCUCAGAGGACAGAGCUUGGAGCUUCCACACAGCGUUCGUGACGUUGAACUGGAAAGGAUAUCCCACUACAUUCUGGUCACACACCCACAUGGCUUUACCUUGGCCUGGGAGGGCCACAGUUCCUCUGUCUACAUCAAGAUGAGUCCAGAGUACGUAGGCAGGACCUGUGGUCUGUGUGGGAACUUCAAUGCUGACGUCCAGGAUGACCUCAAAACCAGCUAUGGGGUGUUCACUGAGGACCUGGCCGUGUUUGGCAACAGCUGGAUGGACGUGGAUCCCCAGCGGGCUGCCUGUCCGUUGGUACCUUCCCGCUAUCCCUCCCCAUGCUCUGCGCUCGACCCCGACACGCUGCAGAAAGUGACGGAGGUGUGUGCGUCUUUGCUUGAGGAUCCCUUUAAGAUCUGCCACGAGUUCGUGAGCCCAUUUCCCUACAUGGCCAGUUGCUCAAACGAUCUUUGCCUGUUGGGUUUGCAUAAUGAGGCAGUGUGUCAGGUGCUGACGGAAUACGCCAGGGCCUGUGCCCAUGCUGAGCGCCCCCUAGAAGGCUGGCGGGACCAUAUGCCGCAGUGUGUGGUCUCGUGUCCCCCGGAAUUAAUCUACCAGGAGUGCAUCUCAUGCUGCCCAGUGUCCUGCAGCGUAGAUCGGCUCUGCAUCGACAGCAAGCUGCAGUGCCUGGAUGGCUGCUACUGCGGUGAAGGUGAGAUCUACAAGAACGGCAGCUGCAUGAAGGCCUCAGACUGCCCUUGUGAGCACCACGGGAUGGUUUACCUUCCGGGCCAGACCAUCCGGGAGGAGUGCAACACCUGCACCUGCCUGGGGGGACUAUGGAACUGCUCAGAGCACAGCUGUCCAGGGGAGUGCUCUGUCACGGGAGACAUUAACUUCGAGACUUUCGAUGGACGCCUUUACACCUUCCAUGCCACAUGCCAGUACGUCCUGGCCAAGAGCCGCAACUCGGGGAGGUUUACCGUCACCAUACAAAAUGCUCCUUGCGGACCGAAUCUCGAUGGCGCUUGCAUCCAGUCUGUUACCGUGGUCAUGGAUGAGGACCCAAAGACCGAAGUCACCAUGACCCACGGGGGCGAGGUGUUCGUGGCCGGCCAGUACAGGAUCUCCCUGCCUUACUUGGACGAGGUGUUUCAUAUCCAGGAGCUGUCCUCCAUGUUCCUGCAGGUGAGGGCAGCCCACGGGCUCCUUCUGCAGUACAACUGGGGGGAGUUCCGGCUGUACCUGCAGGUGGACGAGUCCUGGAAGGACGACACCGUGGGGCUGUGUGGCACCUUCAAUGGGAACAGUCAAGAUGACUUCCUCUCUCCCUCAGGUAUGAUUGAGAGCACGCCACCGCUGUUCGGAAACUCCUGGAAACUGUCCUCGGCCUGCGUGCAAAGCCCCAGCGUCCCGCAGCUCGAUCCGUGCGACACACACCAGCAGGCAGCUUCUUACGCGGCCGAGAUGUGUGAGCUCCUCAACCAGGCCCCGUUUGCGGCCUGCCACGCGCUCCUCAGCCCGCUGCCCUUCCAGCAGCGCUGCAGGGCCGACACAUGCAAGUGCGGCCGCCCCUGCCUCUGCUCGGCGUUGGCGGGCUACGCCCGCAGCUGCAGGAGGCAUGGUGUCACGGUGGACUUCAGGGCCGGUGUCCCAGAUUGCGCCGUCUCGUGCCCAGAGACGAUGGUGUACGGGACAUGCGUGUCGUCCUGUCAGCGUCACUGCCCGUCCGCCGCUGUCGCCCAGCACUGCGGGGGGGAAUGCGAGGAGGGCUGCGUCUGUGCCCUGGGCACGUUCUACAACAGCCGGACGCGCACCUGUGUCGACAGGAGCAGAUGCCCUUGUGUCUUCUUGGGGGCCGAGUACGCGCCCGGGGACGUGGUUCUGAGCUCAUCAGGUGUUCACGUCUGUCGGGAUGGUAAGAUGGUGCCCCAGAGCUCUGACGUUGAUAAGACAUGUCCGCCUGGCCAGCUGUACCAUGACUGUGCGGACUUAGAUGGCGUGCUGCCUGCAAGCAAGGGGGUGGAGUGUGAGCAGACCUGUGAAACCUACCUGCUCAACCUCACCUGCUCCGCCCACGAACCCUGUAUACCUGGCUGCAUCUGCCCCUUGGGCCUUCUGAGGCAUGGCGAUGAGUGCUUUGAACCCGAAGCCUGCCCUUGUGUCUGGAAAGGGAAAGAGUUCUUUCCUGGGGACAAAGUUACCUCUCCAUGUCACCACUGUGUCUGCCAGCACGGGGCGUUUCAGUGUGAAUUCCGGCCCUGUCCAUCCAUGUGCACCGCGUAUGGAGACCGGCAUUACAAGACCUUCGACGGGCUGCAGUUUGACUACAUCGGAGCCUGUAAGGUCUACCUGCUGAAGAGUGAUGUCGAUGCAUCUGUGAGUGUAACCGCUGAAAAUGUGGACUGUUUCGACAGUGGAGUCAUCUGUCGCAAGUCCUUGGUGAUAAGCAUCGGGGAAUCCAUCGUGGCCUUCGACGAUGACAGUGGAAAGCCCAAUCCCACGAGCCUGAUGGACAGCCAGCAAGGCCUAUUCAUCUGGCGGGCGGGAUACUUCACCAUCCUGCACGUGCCCAGUGAGGAUCUCACGGUGAUGUGGGACACGAAGACCACGGUGCACAUCCAGGCUGGUCCACGCUGGCAGGGGAAGUUGGCGGGUCUGUGUGGAAACUAUGACCUGAAGACGGUGAAUGAGAUGAGGACCCCGGAAAACAUCGAGUCUGCGACGCCCCAAGAGUUCGGAAACAGCUGGACGACAGCAGAGUGUGUGAACAGCCCUGAUAUCAGACACCCCUGCAGCCUGAGCCCUCUUAGGGAGCCCUUUGCCAAACGGCAGUGUGGGAUACUGCUCAGUGAGGUGUUCCAGCUCUGCCACCCAGUGGUUGAUGUCACCUGGUUCUACAUGAACUGCCUGACGGACACGUGCGGCUGCAGCCGCGGGGGUGACUGCGAGUGCUUCUGCACCAGCGUGUCAGCCUAUGCCCAUCGCUGCUGCCAGCUGGGUGUUUCCGUGGACUGGCGCUCGCCCGCCGUGUGCCCUUAUGACUGCGAAUUCUACAACAAAGUUCUGGGAAAAGGUCCCUUCCGAUUAGUCACUUACAGGGAGAGAGACACCCUUUUGGCUGUUAACUCGUCAGGCGGUGUGGUCUUCUCACUGAAGGGGGUUUCGCCAGCCACUGGAGUGACCACACUGUUCAUGAUGACCCCCGGCUUGAGCAGGGCGCGACCUCACGACCCAUCUCUGGUGUCCUUUGAAGCAGCCGAAAGGCCAAACUUCUUCCUCUGUGUGGGUGGAGACGGCGUGCUGCAGCUAGCCAAGUGGGAGGACAGUGAGCAGUUCUGGGAUGAGUCCACCUACGUCCUGCAUCGGGACACCUGGAUAAGUGGCUACGACUCACUGGAAUCAUUCGCCGUGCGUGGUCACUUCCUGCACUCGGCCGCACCCAGGGUGCGCCUCGCAAAGUACAGCCACAGCGCCAGCUUUCGCAGGUCCAUCCUCUUCAGGCUGAUGGGCACUAACUCAGGCACAUCUAUGGGUCCUCGCUGUCAGUGGCGGUAUGAGACAUGCUUCAGCGCCUGCUUCAGGACCUGCAGUGACCCUUAUGGCCAAACAUGUACCACCAUUCCAAAAGUGGAGGGAUGUCUUCCUCAGUGUCCUGGACACAUGGUCCUGGAUGAAGUGACCCAGAGAUGCGUACACUUGGAGGAUUGCAUCAGGCCAGCAGUUGCUGUUGAGGCCAUGACUCCCCGCAGCACAGUGGAGGCACCUGCAGCUGUCACUUCUGCGGCCUCAGCGUCCACCGCGGCCCCCUCUUCGGCACACUCCAUAUCUCCGGCCACCCCGAUGUCAGCCCGCUCCGAGGAGACUGCAGAACCUGGGGAGCCCAGGGUGACCACUGUAGUGGAAGUGCUAACCCCGUCAGUCAUCCCUUCGCCUCCUAAAGUUACCACCACACUUCAUCCCGAGGUGUCCACCGGCAGCUGGACCACUAAGUUACCAGCAGAUGAGCCCGAGCUCCAUGUCCAUCCAGUGACGUCAACUGUGUCCACUCUAAGGACCUCCCCAUCAGUCAGUCUGGAUAUAGCAACCACCGUCAUGUCUACAGCCACAUCACCAGUGACAACUAUGACGUCAGACUCGGGAUUGACUACAGCUAAUGUCAGUACUCUUAUGACACAGACCGCUACCACUCAGGCCAUAGUGUUAGAUGUCUCUCACACUUCAGUGAAGUCUCCUGAGAUCCCAGCAGUAACAUCAGAGGCACCCCACGUCACAUCCACUGCCUCUAUUUCAACUCCUACAACAACAGGUGUCAUAACUCCAGGUUCAGAGACGUCAACUCUGCCCGCUGAGGCCACUACAAAAGCAGUCUCCUCGAUGGCUGCAAAGCAUCCAUCUGCACCUACCACAUCAACUGAAUAUGUUCCUUUCAAAACGUCACCCACUCCAGUGCACUGGACUGACAGAGUUACCACAAGUGAGGUUCCAGGCAAACCAUCCACCGCAUAUAGCACCUCAACCACCGAGGUCCCCAAGGAUGCCUUCACAACAACAGCAGCUAAGCCUAUCGUGGUCACAGUCACAGAAGUCACUGUAUCUACAUCGCCAGUGUCUCAUCGUACCACAGCAGUCUCAGACACGCCAUUUGCUGUAGCAAGUACUGAAAAGACGACUAUACUCCCAGAGAGCAAUGCCACCACACAUUUGACAUCCACCACUGAAACAGCAGCACCAGAGACGUCAGAAGUCACCCUCUUGACCACUGUGAUUCCAACUCAAACUACUGCUUAUUCCCCUACCACCACACCAGUGUCUGAUGUACCUACUUUAACAGAAACUACCAGCAUUUCAUCCACAGUGACGAAGACUGAGAAGGUCACGACCGUACUAACAACAUCCCCAUCGUCCACAUAUCCAACAUUCACCACCUCAAGCACUGCCACUUCGGAGAGGAUGUCUACUGUACGCCUACCUGUUUGGACCACAGAAGAGACUACUAUAACCACAUCAACUCUGGGACCAACUGUAAGUAGAACAACAGGGGCCCCCAUGUCUAUAGCGGUUUCUUCGACCGAGGCUUCCAUCAAGAUUACAACCACUGAGAGUGUGAGUGAAACUACUCCAUCAGAAAAGCCUCCAGCACUGAGAACCACCACAACUAUUCCUGGGUAUCCUUCUUCACCUCAGGCUACCCUUCUAGCUACACAGAAAGUCUCCACUCAUGCACCCACUGCAGCGUCCACCCCUACCAUUACUCCAGAGUCUCUGGACAAGACAACACUCCAUACCACAGUGAGAGAAACCACUUCAACCCCAGCACUCAGCUUGGCGACCACCACUGUUCCUCCUCUAGCUGUUACAGGCACCACUGGAGAGACAAGCAAGUCUCCCCCCGUUACUUUGGAAAGAACCACUGAAAGGACCACCAGAACACUACCACCAGCCAGCCUAGUCACUGCUGUCGAGACCGAGAGCACAAGGCCUUCACUUCCUGACUGGAGAACUACCACAAUGCCAAGCACUGUGGCUUCACCCUCAACACAUGUGGAAACAGUGGAGAUGCUGACAUCAGCGACUUCAGAGGUGUCCUCUACCACCUUGUCACCCCACACCGCAGCAACCACUACACCCAUGUCCAUGCGCACCACCAAGGUUCCUGGGUCCACCACUGUUCCCUCAGCUAAGAUGUGCACGCCUCCUUACUCGGAGAUCAUUGAUGAAUGCACAAAGUAUGUUUGUGUGGGUGGGCAGCUAAUACUCUUCAACAAAUCCCAGAACUGCCCUUUCAAAGCCACCCCUCCUAACUGUGGCCUCCUUGGGUUCGCUAUACUAGUGAAUGGAGAUAAGUGCUGCCCCCUAUGGGCCUGCCCAUGCCGCUGCUCGGUCUUUCCUGAUCUGAACGUGAUCACCUUCGAUGGUAACAGUGUGGCUGUCUAUAAGGCCGCUUCCUACAUCGUCUCGCAGCUGCCUAAUGAAACCGUCAGCAUCCUGGUUCGGGAGUGCCGGAGCGCAGACUCGGUACCAUCAAAGUUCUUGUGGAACUUCACCAAUCUUUGUCUGGUCGCUCUCAACAUAACGCACAACUCUCAUCAAGUUCUGUUAAACCGACUCCAGAGAAGGCUGUAUGUCAACUCACGGUACGCCAAGCCUCGCCUCAAGAAGCAUGGAUUCGAAGUCCUGGACACUGGGAACAUGUAUCUGAUCCGGACGCCAGCAGGCUUGAAGAUGCAGUGGUUCCAUAGCACGGGGAUGAUGGUCAUUGAAACCGAAGGCUACAACAACAAGCUGCCAACUAUGGGGCUCUGUGGCUGCUGUGACGGCAGUCCUGCCAAUGACCUGACUCUGUCUAAUGGGACCGCAUUGGGCAAGGGCGAGGAUCCGGCAGUGUUCAUUGACAGCUGGCAGCUGCCCAACACCACCAGCUACAUCAGCCACAGCCGGCGCCGGGAGGUCAACUGCUCCACCAGCGACUGCUCUCGCUGCCUGGACAUGCUCCGCAACUCCACCUUCAGGCCCUGCCACACCUUCGUCCCUCCUUCGGUCUUCUGCGAAGUGUGGGUUCGUGAUGAGGAGUACGUAAAGAACCCCUGUGUGUCUCUGGCUGCAUACGUGGCCUCUUGCCACAAGUUCAACAUCUGUGUUAAGUGGAGGAGCCCGGAUUUCUGCCCUUUUGCCUGUCCACCCGGACUACGUUACCAGGGCUGUCUGCCCGCCUGCACUGCCCAAUCCUGCCCCAACCAAGAGUUUGACUCAGAACCGGAAGAGUGCUCAGGCCUAACCGAGGGCUGCGUGUGCCCCGAGGGCAUGGUGUUGCACCGGCCCUACUCUGCCCUCUGCAUCCCGUCCGAGAAGUGCGCUUGCACGGACAGUUCUGGAAACCCUCGUGCCCUGGGGGAGGUGUGGACAACCUCCAAGGAUGGCUGCUGCAUGUACAAGUGCGACAACGACUCCAUCGUCCCGGUGGAAUAUGACUGCACGGACGUCCCGCAGCCCGUCUGCAGGAGGAUGGGGGAGGUUGCCGUCAGUCUGGCAGAUGACAAGAGCUGCUGUCCCCAGAAGGCUUGUGUUUGCAAUCAGACUCUGUGCGAAAGUUACCCCCCUCAGUGUAAAUAUGGGGAGAAGCUGGUCUCCUACUUCAGGGAGGAUUCCUGCUGUCCAGAAUACAUCUGUGAAUGUGACCCCAGCCGCUGUGAGUCAGAUGUCCCAACCUGCCGUGAGGACCAGACCCUGAUAGCUACACGGGCAGAUGGGAGCUGCUGUCUGGCCUACAUAUGCAUGUGCGGCCCAUGUGUGGAUGUCAUACCCCAGUGCCAGGAGGGCGAGGUGCUGACCGUCGACACCAACAGCACGGAACGCUGCUGCCCCGCCUAUCAUUGCGUAUGUGAGCCCUACAGGUGCCCCAAGGUCACCUGCCUGCCUGGCAUGUCUGAGGUGACCGUGCCCUCGCCGGGGCGCUGCUGUCCGCUGCAGACGUGUGAAUGUGCCUGUGACAUCAUCCCCAGGCCAAAAUGUCAUCUGGGAGAGACCUUGCAGGUGGACAGAGUAUUUCUCACAGAUCCGGGGAACAAGUGUGGGUGCAAAAGAUACAAGUGUGAGCGGGAGGCGGUGUGCGUGGAUGGGGAAAGGGGCGUGAUGAGACCGGGUCAGACCCUGGUGGAACACAGUCCCGAGGGCGUAUGUUACACCACCCAGUGCACCCACGCCCUGGACACAGUCACGGGAUUCUUCCGCACACGGGCCACCAGCCGAAACUGCUCUUCCCAGUGCCAGCCGAACCAGGUAUACGUUCCACCAAAGGACCAGAUGACAUGCUGUGGGUUCUGCAAGAACAUCUCCUGUAUGUACACAAAUGAAAAUGGCUCAGUUGAAUUGUACAAGCCCGGAAGGACGUGGGUGUCGGACUGCCUGAAGUAUGAGUGUACGGAUACUCUGUCCGGUCCCACGCUGGUCUCCUACCCCUUCAGCUGCCCCCCUUUCAACGAGUCGGAGUGCAUUAAGAUCGGGGGCACAAUACUGAGUUACAUGGGCGGAUGCUGCAGGACAUGUACUGGAUUGUCCCUGUUCCCAUUCCCUGUUAGCCCAUUGACUCCCACAGUUAGCACUGACUGUGAACGAGGUAAAGAAGACGGGAAGUCGUGCCAGAAGGUGACCGUCCGGAUGACAAUCAGGAAAAACGACUGUCGGAGCAACAGGCCGGUGAACAUCGUGUCCUGUGAUGGGAAGUGUCCGUCGGCCAGCAUAUACAACUACAACAUCAACACCUACGCGCGGUUCUGUAAGUGCUGCCGCGAAGUGGGCCUGCAGAAGCGCUCCGUGCAGCUCUUCUGCAGUGGCAACUCCACCUGGGUGACCUAUGCCAUCCAGGAACCUACUGACUGUUCCUGCCAGUGGUCCUAAUCAUGGUAAAUGGGUUCUGCCUCUGAGACCUGGGUCAGAGGCAAGCGCUGAAGCAUGGAAGAGGGCAAACAGGACAAGAUGAAGCCCCCCAAAGUAAAACUGACAUUUUGCAUGAAGGAACACCAUCUCCAGGCAACCAAGGGUUUGUCUCAUAUUUAUCGCCGUUGCCUUCAGAUCCUCAGCGUUGGUAGGUGAUUAAAUCCUGUGUUCUGUGGUUUUUGCCUGGUUCUCUGACAAUCCCAUAACCUCACACUGAAGGAGAUUAGGCUCACAGGCAUUGAUCGUUGCAGUUAUGGCUACAUUUUGCUGUGUGAACAUAUGAUCUCGUUCUAUUUGUCGUAUAGCUACAAAGAGCUACAGGUUGACUAGUCAUCCAUAUCAUUUCCUAAAAGUUCAUUGGCUGUUGUGGUAAUAUGGUAUAUCUGUUUGAGUACUGCAUGUCAUAUAUGAUGAUUCACACUGUAAGAAUAGCGUUGUUCAAUGCCUGUAAAAUGAUGGAUUUUUUUUUACUUUUUUCAUUCUAGAAUCUGGGCACACAAACAUAUACUAGCAAAAAAUGCGUUUAAUAAAUAUUCAUAUUUUGUACAUAGGUGAACUGAUGAUCAAAUACUACUUAGAUAAGUAUCUCUGUGUUUUUAAUGGAUUUUGCACAUACUUACUGUAGCUUAUCGGAUUGAAACAUGUAUCAUUUUUUUUGUGUGAAAUGCUUUCCAUAAAUAUCAGUGAAAUUAAGCUUUACAAUUAAAAUCAAGCUGUUCUGAGUACUUUAUUUAUUUAUUCGCUUGCAUACCGUAGAACAUUUUUAUUUAGUAAAUUUCCGCAAUGGAAUUAAGAUACUACUGCUGUUCCUUUACAAAAUUAACACAAUUAAUGGUGAUAUCAUACAGCGGCAUUUAAAAAUGCAUUUCAUAUUUAAGUAACCCCAGAAUAAGUGUUCGGUAAUUUGCCUUUUUCCUUUUUACGUUGCCUUUAAACUGGAAUAUAAACAUAGUAACAUAGUAGGUUUGUUUGUUUCGUGACAUUUAUGAUGCUUGGAAGACAGGCUGGAGAGAUCUGUACCCUUGUCUUUUGUUUCGACUUGUUUUGCGACAGUGGAUGUGAUUUUCUCACUAAUGUGUA